AUGGCUAGCAACGAGUCUUUCGUCAUCAAGCCCCAGGCUACCACUCCGGCUAUUGACUGGAGCCAGGUGCCUCUGCUCCUGCGCAACUAUGACAAGCUUCUCGUGCGCACCGGUCACUUCACCCCCAUUGACCAUGGCUGCUCUCCCAUGAACCGCGACCUCAAGUCCUACAUCAGCUCUGGUAUCAUCAACCUGGACAAGCCUUCCAACCCCUCGAGUCACGAAGUUGUCGCCUGGGUCAAGCGUAUUCUCCGGGUUGAGAAGACUGGCCACUCCGGUACCCUCGAUCCCAAGGUCACCGGGUGCCUGAUUGUCUGCAUCGACCGUGCCACUCGUCUCGUCAAGUCCCAGCAGGGUGCCGGAAAAGAGUACGUUGCCGUCAUCCGCCUGCACGACAAGCUGCCUGGCGGCCAGGCUCAAUUCGCCCGCGCCCUCGAGACCCUCACCGGUGCUCUCUUCCAAAGACCCCCCUUGAUCUCCGCCGUCAAGCGUCAGCUCCGUAUUCGUACCAUUCACGAGAGCAAGCUGAUCGAGUUCGACAAUGAUCGCCAUCUCGGUGUGUUCUGGGUCAGCUGCGAGGCUGGUACCUAUAUCAGAACCCUUUGCGUACACUUGGGCCUGUUGUUGGGUGUCGGCGGCCACAUGCAGGAGCUGCGCAGAGUUCGAAGUGGUGCCAUGGACGAGACCAAGGACCUCGUCACCCUGCACGACGUUCUCGAUGCCCAGUACAUGCUUGACAACCAGCGAAACGAGGCAUACCUCAGGAACAUCAUCCAGCCCCUCGAGACUCUCUUGGUCGGCUAUAAGAGAAUUGUCGUCAAGGACAGCAGUGUCAACGCCAUCUGCUAUGGCGCCAAGCUCAUGCUUCCCGGUCUGCUGAGAUAUGAGGCAAACAUUGAUGUCCAUGAGGAGGUUGUGCUCAUCACCACCAAGGGUGAGGCCAUCGCCAUCGGUAUUGCUCAGAUGAGCACUGUCGAGAUGAGCACAUGUGACCACGGUGUAGUUGCCAAGGUCAAGCGCUGCAUCAUGGAGAGGGAUCUCUACCCUAGACGCUGGGGACUCGGCCCCGUCGCUGGUGAGAAGAAGAAGUUGAAGGCAUCGGGCAAGCUUGACAAGUAUGGACGCCCCAACGAGCAGACACCUGCCACCUGGACCUCGUCCUACAAGGAUUUCGGUCCUCCUGCUGGUGAGGCCGCAGCCACCGAGGCUGCCCCUGCUGGUGACGUCACCAUGUCAGAAGCUCCUGCUGUUGCCGUUCCUGAGAAGAAGGCCGACGAGGAGCCUGCUUCUGAUGACGACAAGAAGAAGCGCAAGAAGCACGACGGCGAGACAGCAGAGGAGAAGGCGGAGCGCAAGCGAUUAAAGGCAGAGAAGAAGGCAGCCAAGAAGGCCAAGCGAGCCUCUAUGGCCUCUGCGCCGGACAGCGACUCUGAUUGA